GAAAGGGAAAAACAGAGACUUUCGAGACCGAAACAAAAGAGAUAAGAAAGAGUGCAAAGUGAAUGGAAAAAGAUCCGUUUGGUUCUCAAAACCUCUACCACCAAAACCUUUGCUUACGCAAGAACAACGCGCUUCAAGUUUUCAGUUUAUGGGUCAUAUAUAAGAUGUAGAUAUUAGCCAAUUGAGCAUAUAUGCCUUUAAAGUGCUUGGGAUAUUGCCACAGUGAACUGGCCUCGUUGCUCCUGAAGAUGUUGGAGGGAAAAGCUGUGGUGCGUGACACAGACAUGCCAGGGGUGGUUCAGAACCAUGUUAUGGAGUUGGCUUACCAAGCUCUCGAUGCUCAUGAGGUCAACGAUUGCCAAUCCAUUGCCUAUUAUAUCAAACAGAAACUUGAUGAAGCAUAUGGACCUGCUUGGAAUUCAGUAGUUGGAAAAGACUUCGGUUCUUGCAUUACACAUUUAUGUGGUAGUUUCAUAUUCUUCCGUGUGGAGAUGAUGGAGUUUCUGAUCUUCAAGGAUGGGAAGGACUUCAGUGAAAGCAGAGAAGAAGCUGUUGGAGGGCAGCGAAAAUCCCCAAAAUAGGUUGUUAAAAUUAUU